GUUGCUUCGUAGUUUUUCGUCAGUCACUGAUUCUCGGUCCUAAAUUGUGCGUGUCUUGAAGUAUCACUCCAUAUGGACUGAAUCAAAUGUGUUUCGGCAGAUAUUGAAAACGCGUCUGAUUAAUUCACAAAGUACGUGAUAAAGAAGUGCGUAAAAUGGCGAUUGUACUUGCAGUAGUGUCAUUUUUAAGUUCGAUUUUAUUAACACCGAUUUUGAUGCUUUUGUUGUGUAUUAUAUUUUUGGCAUCAAUUGGAAAAUCAUUGGGCGUACGGAGGCUUUAUGUUAAGCUACUGCUGAAGAUAUUCGAAUAUGGUCGUCAAAAUAUCGAGACAGCUCGCAAAUCGGACAAGCCCCAAAAUGAAGAGGAUGAUGAGGAUGACGAGGGCUACAGCGAGGAGAUUUCAGCGGUACCCGAGUCCAGUGCGGUGACGAAAACACCAGCGAAAAUGCUGACCAACGGCUACGUAUCUAACGGCACGAGUCCGCUUAUCAGUAGAGACGAUAAAUUGAUUAUGGUACCGGAACCUGCAACGAACAAUACGAGAGGCGACGACGUUCUCAACUUGACCGUAGAUGAGAACAAAUCCGGAGAGGAUAAUGGACAGAACAAAUACGACUUUAGCUUAAGCGAGGCCCUGGAUUACAUCAAGGUGGGUGUGGAGGCCAUUAUCGAAGACCAGGUCACGUCGCGGUUCGAGGCGGAGGAGUUAAAGAACUGGAAUUUGUUGAUUCGCACGCACAGGGGCUACGAAUUCAUCUCAUGGAAGUUGACCGUCAUCUGGUUGUGUGGCUUCUUCAUCCGGUACUUCUUCUUGUUCCCUUUGCGCGUCAUGAUCUGUUUCUUUGGAAUUUUUUGGCUGGUGGUAAGCACUAGUAUACUAGGGUGUAUAAUCGAUUGUAAAGUGAAGAGAUGGUUGAUAAAACAGAGCUACAUAACGUCGUUUAGGAUGAUGGUUCGUUCGGUCACUGGCAUAGUGAACAUCCACAAUAAACAGUGGAGGCCGGCUACGGGUUCGAUUGUGGUGGCGAAUCACACCACUCCCGUGGACGUUGCCUUCCUAUCUGUCGAUAAUGUUUACUCUCUGAUUGGACAAAGACAUGGUGGUUUUCUGGGAGUCCUGCAAAGGGCACUGGCCCGAGCCUCACCCCACAUUUGGUUCGAAAGGAGCGAAGUACGUGACAGAUCCGCUGUCGCCAGUAGAUUAAAGGAGCACGUGUCAGAUCCAAGAAAUCCACCAAUUCUAAUUUUCCCCGAGGGUACAUGUAUCAAUAACACUUCAGUCAUGCAGUUCAAAAAAGGUAGCUUUGAAGUUGGAAGCAUAAUCUAUCCAGUCGCCAUUAAAUACGACGCCCGAUUUGGAGACGCUUUCUGGAACAGCAGCAAAUAUUCGUACGUCCAAUAUUUAGCUAUGAUGAUGACCAGUUGGGCCAUAGUGUGUGACGUGUGGUAUUUGCCUCCAAUGCAUCAAAAAGAAGGAGAGACUGCGAUCGAUUUCGCCAAUAGGGUUAAAAGUGUUAUUGCCAAGCAGGGCGGUCUCGUUGAUUUAGUUUGGGAUGGCCAGCUAAAGAGGACAAUGCCUAAGAAAGAGUGGAGGGAGAGGCAACAAGAAGAAUUCAGCAAACGUCUAAAAACGGAGUAGAAUAGUGUUUAGUGUUUUUUUUUUAUUUUGGUGACAUUCUACACCUAUACUUUAUUAUUUACAAUUAUUACCUAAUUUAUAAUAAGCAUUUACAAACACUGAUGUAAGACCAUCUAGUCGUAUUAGUGAACUCUAAUAUACUUGCUUGGACCUGUAUUGUAAUUAUUGUCAUUUUCAUUAAGUCAUAGGUAUCCAUUGUAUUUAUUCAUUUCUAAGCAAGUUUAUUAUGGAAGUGAUAUUUUUAAAUUAUUUAAGUACCAAAACCCUUUUUUGUAGGUCAUACCUAAUGAAUUGAUAGUAGUAUUGUGAUAUAAUUUACAAAUAGACAAUACUUUUUAUAAUCAGUUAGUUACUUUACACAGAAUAAUUUAUUAUCAUGCAUCAUUUUUUUAGUAGCUCCAAAUAAUUCCACAUAUAUUUUUAUAAAAUCAAAUUUAGAUUGUAUGAGUUUCUUGUAGAAAUAUAUUUGUUAUUAAAGCAAGAGUGCAUAA